CUCUCGCACCAUAUUAGAAGACUGCUACGUGGAUGACCUAAUUACAGGAAAUAAUGAUAAACACGCUUUAAUUGACAUCUGUGAAAAGGUCACCGACGUACUACAGUCAGGUUGUUUCCCGCUCCGAAAAUGGGUGUUUAACUUUGACGUUUCGCAAUUUUCCUCGUCCAAAAUUACGUCACGCGAAUUGUGUUUAGGCGAUAACUGUCAAAGUAAAACACUCGGCUUAGGAUGGACCAACAACACUGACGAAUUUCAUUACACGGCAAAAAUACAACAGGAUAAUAACGAACCGAUAACAAAGCGCAAAAUAUUAUCGGUAAUUUCACAAAUGUAUGACCCUCUCGGGUUACUUUCGCCGGCCAUAAUUAUUGCCAAAAUUUUACUCCAAAAACUAUGGUUGUGCCGCUUAGAUUGGGACUCGGAAGUACCUGAGGAGGUCGCAUCAGCCUGGCGUAGAUACAUACUCACACAUACCCAACAUAUACAUAGCCUCCGCAUUCCUCGUUAUGUUAUGAAUGCGUCUGCGCAUUGCACACAGUUGCACUUUUUUUGUGAUGCUAGUCAAUCGGCCUAUGGAGCCUGUGCAUAUGUGCGUUCGCUUUCGGGACAUAAUAAUGAGGUCAUAACAGUGCAUCUGUUGUGUUCGAAGAGUAAAGUCGCUCCUUUGAAAUCCGUCACUAUCGCGAAACUUGAGUUGCUAGGCGCGCUGUUAGCUGCUAGGCUGUACGCAAAAGUAAUUAAAUCGCUCAAAGUGAAGUUCGAUUCUGUGUAUUUUUGGUGUGAUAGCACAAUCGUUCUAGGGUGGGUCCGAAUGUCACCCCACACCCUUAAAACCUUUGUUCAAAACAGAGUGUCUGAGAUAAACGAGUUAACCGGGAGCGCGCAGUGGUUACAUGUAAGUAGCAAAAAUAACGCAGCUGAUUUAGUUAGCCGCGGCCUUGAACUUGACGCGCUUAUCAAUAAUUCGUUCUGGUUCAACGGACCGCCCUUUUUGCAUGAACCAGAAUCUGACUGGUUACCUAGUACUUUAUCGCGCACUUCUGAAAUAAUACCGGCCGAUUUACCUGAAAUAAAAACAAAUACAAUUAGUAUGACAAGCCAAGUUAACACCGAUGUAUUCGAAUUCGACAGGUUUUCGUCUUUUAACCGCUUACGGCGCGCGGGUGCUUAUGUUUUACGAUUUAUAAACAACACACGCAUUAAAAACAAAAUAAAUCGUAAAACUGGCCCGCUGACUGUUGACGAAUUGAAUGCAUCGAUGCAACAUCUGGCGCGUCUUUCGCAAAUGAAAUCUUUUCCUGUCGAGUAUGAUAAGAUGAUAAAUAACUUACCUGUUAAACACACGCGCGGGAUUAAUAAAUUAAAUGUCUUUCUAGACACCGAUAAACUGAUAAGGGUCGGUGGUCGUAUUAGUAAUGCGACUAGUUUUUCAUACGACAAAAAACAUCCGAUUUUGCUUUGUUCGAAACAUCGUUUCACACAGCUUUUGUUUCAGAGUGAACACAUACGAUUACUGCAUGCGCCUCCUAGUCUCCUGCUUGCUACUAUCAAAGACUGCUGGUGGCCUCUCGGAGGCACUAAUUUAGCAAAGCGAGUAGUACGCACCUGUGUAACCUGCAUUCGCAUGAAGGCGAAAACGUUCGCGCCUAUAAUGGACCCAAACGACCUUUCCGCAUUAACUCCAGCUCAUUUCCUUAUUGGCCGACCGCUGACAGCGCCGCCCUGCAGGGACUUGACGGCAGAGACGGGCCGGCUCCCACGCUACGAGAUGCUGGAGAAAAUGCGACAACACUUUUGGCAGCGGUGGUCGAAACAAUAUAUUUCUGAGCUGCAGACCAGAACGAAGUGGCAGACGCACGGCCAGGAUAUCGUUCAGAACUCCUUAGUUCUGGUCAAGGAAGAUAACCUACCACCCCUCAAAUGGCGUUUGGGACGGGUGGUAGCUCUGUUCACAGGACACGACGGAGUCUCCCGCGUCGCUGACGUGAAAACAGCGAGCGGGACCAUACGCAGGGCUUUCACCAAGCUUUGCCCUCUCUUGAUGACGCCAGAGAGUGAAGCUGCGCCAGCCCCAUCUACAUCAACACAACCACAUUGAAAGCGGGUGCUUUCAAGGCCGGGGGCAUGUUCGCGAGCCUAACGCCAUCUAGCGGGCAUCCCAAGAAGAGGCGGAGUUUCCAAGCACGGCCGCGCGGGGGCGCGGCGACAGCCUCUAUCACUUUACCAUCUUACACGGCAAGGCACACAAGCCGCUCUCGCGAUUUUUGCCAAUUUUUAUAUAAAGUCGCCAUAUUACCAUAAGUUGUACAAUUU